AUUAAUAAUUUAAGAUUAAAAUUUUAAAAAUAUAUAAAUUUUAAUCUAAAAAAAUUAUUAAACCAAAAGUGAGUUUCAGACUAUGCAUACGCAUGACUGAUACGAGCAAGAUGAUCAGAGCGCUCCCGAGUCUUGCCUGCACAUGCUCUGGUCCCACAUUCACCAGUUUUACCAGUAACCACCACCACCACCCACCUAACGCGGGUCCCAUUCUCCACGUCAUCACAACCCCCCACAACGGCACAUCCCCAUCAAUCUACCCUGGUGAGCACUCAAAAAUCUCCCCAAUCCGUUCCCCCGCCCUGGACCCCGAGCCGCGACAAACCGACCCCCAUCCUCGUCAGCAAAGUGGUCCCCUCCCAUUAAAACUCAUGUCUUUCACCCGCCACGUGGAGUCAUAAUCGCGCAUGCGACGCCUCACUACU